AUGUCUCUUCAUCAACCGAAAGUCAACCACGAUAAUAAUCAAACCAUCAUCAAUGGUGCCGAGAGAGAACAACAGAUCCAUCGGUCAUCUUCGAAUGGAGAACAUGGAGAGGAUGCAAAUCACCUUCUCCAUUCAACUAAACCUCUUCGACUGGCAUUUGACAAAUUUAAAAUGAACGAGGACAGCACCACAAGAAAGAGUGAUGAAGGCUCCGACGAGCAGCAGCAAAAAGGAGUACCUAGAAAUCUAAAAUUAAACAUAACAUCGAUGAGUGGGAGCAGUGGUCAAUCAUGGUUUUCUGGAUCUGAUUCAGCAGGAUCGUCAUCCAUUGAUUCAUACAGCAAACGAUUACUACAAAUUAAAUCACCUCGUUAUGGGGCUGAUUUUAAAAUUACUGAAGAGGGAAUUAAAAUCAAAGGAAUGAGUGUUUUGGAGUAUAGAACCUUUUACCAGUCACAGCAACAGCAGAAUUCAUCCACGAGUGACCAUCAUUCUUCAUCCUCGCAUGGCAAUUUUCCUCUCAAUUUCAAAAUUACUUCUGUGGAUGACUUUCAUAAAUACCCAAUGAAAGAACUUGGAAAUGGCUCAUUCGGAAUUGUAUUUAGAGUGGCUAUUUCCAAUCCACAAACAAAUGAAAAACUCUAUUUUGCUGAAAAACGUGUUACAGACACGUCACAAAAACAGUUGGAUUUGAUUUUUAAAGAAGUUAAAACAAUUUUUGAAUGCGACUCACCAUACCUUAUAAAGCUGCACGAAUGUUAUUAUAAAGAAUGUACAUAUUAUAAAAAGAAGCCAUAUUCAAUUCCUGAAGCUGUAAUCAGUGUGAUUGUUAGCAAGACCCUAAAAGGUCUGCUUUAUCUUCAUGUUAAAAAACAUAUUUUACAUAGAGAUUUAAAACCUGCAAAUAUUUUGUUAGAUGACAAGGGUUAUGUGAAAAUCUCAGACUUUGGACUGGUUGGAAUUAAGGAACAUGAAAUGGGCAUGAGUAACUCAAAAAUAAAUUCCUCCCACGAGCACUCUCUCACCAUUUGGCAAACAUUUACUGGAAGUGUCACCUACAUGAGUCCAGAGCGAUUGAACAAUGAAGCAUACAGCUACAAUAGCGACAUUUGGUCUAUUGGAAUUAUCACGGUUGAACUCUUUCUUGGCGAAUAUCCCCUUCCCAAUGCGAACAUAUUUACUCUUGGAUCCAUGACGCGAGAAGAAAUUUGUGAGCAAUGCAUUUCAAAGCUUAAGGCCAAUCAUGCCAGUGUUGAAUUAUGUUCAUUUGUGGAAACAUGUCUACUCAAGUACAAGGACCUUGGAGAACGACCUGACAUCAAUGGUACCAUUCUAAAACACCCAUUCAUCAAGACACAUGAAUCAUUCUCUCUUCGUUCGUGGAUUAAAUCAGAAUAUAUUGCCAAAUGUUACACCAAGAGAGAAACCUCUACCACACCUCGAAAGAAUUAA